AUGAAAGCGAUACUCGAUCUGCCCGUCCUGCUGAGCCUCGCUUACAUACUAAGUCCUUUGCUCACUCUUGUAUGGCGCCGCGUCGUAUACCAGUCGUCAGACAUCGCGGCAACGAGUAUAGACGAGAUCACCUACAGCAAUGCCGCUGGCAGUCACCAAGUGCUCGACGAGUUAGAUGACGACGUGUAUCGCUCAGCUGCAGACAGGGCAGGUUUGCCGAUCUGUCCGAGUAGCGCGCCGAGCGCUCGCGUCGAGUUGCGCCCGUUCUUGUCUGUUCAGCUUAAUGCUCAAAGGACCUGGUUCGCUGAACCCGGCACGCAUUUCUACUCGAGUCGCCUCGCAUCUAUGCAGACCGUCAUUGCAGCCGAAGGCCUCGAUAUUCAGAAGGCAAGCAAGACCAUCGCACUGGCAUCUGUUCACCGCCAACCGCCUCGCUUGAGUAGCCGGCGUCGAGGCAGUAGACUCUUCUUCCUCUUUGCGACUUCGCCCGAGCGCGCGCAGCAUCAAGCAGAGUAUUGGCACCAUUACCUCAAUUGGGGCGCCCGCAAGUCCAAUCUUCACAAAGCCGCAUCUGAUCGUGAAAGUGGAGCAGACGAUGGUCCAGGCUGUCUUGUUGUAGACAACACCGAGCUCAGCCCGGACGCUUCAAAUCCUAGCGCAUCUGUGCCGGAAUUGAAUCGCAGGAGACCUGCUAUGCUGCAAACCCAAGCACACUUUCGCCGGCUUGGUCUUUCUUGUACGAUGACAGUAGGUCUGCGAGAGCGCUCGGUCUAUAGCGACAGACUGCGCUAUGGCGUCAGCCAUGGCGCGACAACGUCUACAGAGCGCGUCCUCAGUCUCGUUGUGCUCGGCUGGCAAGCAGCUCUGCGCGAGGAGCGAGCCACCGAAUGGUUCCUUGUCUUAGACGACGAUACGUUCUUCAUCGAUCCUCACAACCUAAUAGACGCGUUAGGGAGAUACGACUCCGAUCAAGACUGGCUGUUAGGCGGCUAUAGCGAAGCUGAAAUCCAGCAGUGGACUUGGGGUCAUAUCGCAUACGGCGGAGGCGGCAUCAUCAUUUCGCGAUCAUUGAUGAAGAAGAUGCACGACCAGUAUGAGGGAUGUAGGGCGCACAACAUCAUCAUCAAUGAGCAUCAAGGCGAUGGCAAGCUUACAUUUUGUGCUGCGCUCGUCAUCGGAGAACUCGAUCGUUUCAACAAGCACCUCGGCGUGAAGAGCAGGAUGACGGAUCCAUUGUUCCAGUGGGGUUCCAACAACGUCGUCACUCCCUUAGAAGGUCUCAAUCAGAUGGACAUCGGUGACGAUUCCAGUGGCUUCUUCCAGAGCGGCUUGGAAGUACUCAGUGUCCACCACUACAAUUCUUGGACUAUGAUUUUUCCACAACGCCAUCUGGAGCAGCUUCGCUUUGCGCCAGGCCAUCAAUCCGCCGACGCUCGUGUGCUCUCGCUUCGCCUUCUGGCAGCAGCUGCUUGGACUUUAGGUGGCGGUAAUCUCUUUAGACGAAGCGUCUUCGACGAUGGCAAGGUGGUACUGGUACUCGGUUACAGCAUCACUUUCUACGCGAAGCCUCUCUCAAGAGAAGAUCUCAAUCGAACCGAAUGGACCUGGCAGGAUUGCUGCGAGCCCGUGCGACAGCACCGACCAAGUCUCGUGGAAGGUUUUGACAAGUUGACGUAUUAUCUGUCCUACGUCUGGAUAGAGGAUGACGACACACAUUCUCAGGGGAUUCUGCUAACGGGAUCACGCAAGCAGAAGCGUCGCGUACGCAAAGCUCGUCUCGGCUACAAAUGCACUUGGCGCGCAAUCAAUGAUUUUCUCAAGAGCUCGCACAAGGCGUCCAGUCAGCUGACCACAGACAUAGAAAGUGUCAUCUUGUUGCCAUUGGUCGAUUAG